GUAGGAAACGUGAUUUUUUCGUUAUUUUCUUAAUUCAAAAAUAUUUUGAAUCUGAUUUUACUGUCAUUUUCAUUUAUUUCUUAAUUAAACUAGUUAAACUCUGUGAAUAUGUCUAAUUUAACGAAUGUAUAUGCAUAUUUACGUGAUAAGUUCCAAGAUGUUGAUAUGUUGUUUGGAAAAUCGCCUUCUUUUGUUAAAACAUUGACUGGAAUUGAUAAUCAAAAAAUCAUUUUCAUUUACAAAGAGGAUGUAGCUAGAUUGAAGGCAUUAAGAGAUUAUCAGAGUCCAAUAAGCGAGGGAAACAACAAAAGUGAUUCAAACUUCAAUUUUUCUGGAUCUUGUGGAAGUCCUUUAAAAGAUGAUAAUUCUAUUAAUGAUCUGAUUAACACAUCUAUUGUUGGCAAGAUAUUUAACAAGAAUCCAUGGCGUGAUGUGGAAGAGAGCUAUGGUCCAAUUGAUAUUAAUCUCGCACAAACAAUUUUAAAUGAUGUCGCAAAUGAAGAUUUCUCAGUGACUUCAAAGGGGUGGAUCUUCAUUUUAUGUGGCAACGAUCAAGGACAUGAUCUUAAUAACUCAACAUUCAUUCUAUCAUUGAAUGUCUCUAAUAAAGAAUUCAUAAGAGGAUUUGCCAAAUAUUAUGGUGUAGUUAAGAAUGAUAGUCGAUCAAUUAGGACAUAUCUACAGAAACAUAAUGCAAUGGUUCCACGUUCCAAGCCUGAAAUACAUAUUGAGUCAACCUUCGAAAUGACAGAUGAUGUUUCACUUAAAUUUGUAAAUACGAUGAAUAGUGAGAAUCUUACACUUUCCCAUAUUAAUGCUUCGUCUCGAGUAUUUCUGAAACAAAAAGUAGAAAUUGGAAAGAGUCAUGUACUUUGUGAGCAGCUGUAUAAUCAAAUUCAGUUACUUUACAUGAUUAAAAAUGAUAUUGUUAAUAUUAAGAAUUUAUCUAUUGAUGGGACAUUAAAUGAGCCUGCUUAUAACUACGGAUCGAUGAAGUAUGAUGUUCUGCAGAAGAAAUGCAAUGCUAUUUUAUCGGAUGUUAUUACAAUUAACGAUACAGCAGAUGAAAUUGAUAUAAGCUUGGAAGCUAUAAUUAAGAGAGUCUAUAAUCGUCCACUCAUAGACAUCACCGAUCAAAUUUUUGAACUAAUUAAGUAUGCAAGCUCUUACUAUGAUUUACGUAAAAUCCUCACAUUCAUCUUCCAAAUUUCAUCACGAUCAAGUAUCGUCAACAUUCCAAUGAAUAAUAAUCGACUUGCUGAAUUAAUUCGAGAAAUAUCACAACAACGCCUAGCAAUUCCACAUUUAACAUCAACAGAACCAUUAGAACUCUUACUGGAAAUUGGCAUUGAAAAAGUCAUGAAAGAUUAUGAAUAUAUCUUUAGUGAAAGCAAAAUAUGCUUGUUAAGUGACAUGAAUGUCGGCGAAACUAAAAUCCAAACACAAAUUGAAUCAAAUAUGAAUGUACGAAAGUCAUUAGCUUCUUCCGCAUUUGAAAUUAAUCAAAACAGGAAGACUUUAUUGCAUGGCACUGGAAGUUUAGAUAGUAAUGAUGAUCUUGAUGGAAUUCGAAACAGUCGAUUUAAUGAAAAGGAAUCGAACAAAAGUAUCUCAAAAAUGGCACAAAUUCACUUAACUAUCGAACAUAUACUAAUGAUGCAGAAUAAUCUAAACAUGGAUAAUGAUUAUAAGCAAAUUGCAAAGAAAAUCCUCGAAAAUCCAAUGGUUUCAUUUGAGGAUUUACAAAAUCAAAAAUACGAUAAGCUGCUAAUCCAAAUUAGUGACAAGAAAGUAAGUCAACUUGUCGAAAAUUUAAUGCCAAACUCCCAAAAGAUCACAUUUAAAUCUGACAAUAAAUUCAAGAAUGUCGAGAAUGUCUUUUAUUUUAACGUCGAACAAAUCGUUCCAUCAUUGAUGCAGAAGGAAAGUAAAGGUGAUGUUGCUGAUAAUAAAGGAGACGUUUUUCAUCUCAUCAAUUGUGCGAUUAGAUUAGAGAAUCUUAUGAAGUUUGGAUAUGCUCUGAUUUUGGUGACAAUUGGAUUAAUGAUAUGGGCGAGUUCAGCAAGAGCAAUGAAGCAACCUGAUCCACCAUGCAUAUUCAAUACAUUAUGUACGUGCUCAAGCGGUUUACCUGAUAAUUAUGGAAGCGUCAAGUGUGAAAAUGUUGUAUUUCCUGCAAUUCCUGAAGCACUUAACCUUUCAAAGGUUUAUUCAUUGAAAAUGGAAAAUACAGGACUAAUGGAAAUAGUACCGCACUUUUUACAAGCUACUGGACUUUAUCGAUUAGAAAUUUCACAUAAUCCCUUGUUUCAUAUUUCCGAUGAGGCAUUUAUUGGACUAGAACGAAGUUUAUGGGAACUUGUAUUAAAUCAUAAUGGACUUGCUAGAGUUCCAACAAAGGCACUGCGGUUUUUACAAAAGUUACGAUAUUUGGACCUUACUGGGAAUGAGAUUUCAUUAGUAGAACGUGAUUCAUUCAGAGGAUUACAAAACACCCUCCAGACAUUAAUCCUGUCUGAUAAUUCAAUAUCGGAAGUAACAAUUGAGUCAUUCCAAGGACUUCCAAACCUUAAAGUUCUUGAUUUAAGUUCAAACAAUCUUCAUGAAAUCAACCCAGACGUCUUUCGCGAACAAAUGAAUUCAUUAGAGAAAGUCAUACUUGCUGACAAUCUCAUUUCUGAAAUUCCAUAUAUUGCAGUGUCUUUACUCAAAUCAUUAAAAGUUCUCGACCUUUCAUCAAACAGAUUAACAAGCAUCCAAAUGCAUCACGUUAAUCAACCACAGCGAUUGAAUGUUAAAUUGUCAUUGGAGCAAUUACAUCUCGAACACAAUCAAAUUCAUCACAUACAGCCGGUCUCAUUUCAAUACUUUUUGUCAGUCAAUCAAACAUUCUUGGAUUUUAAUCCAAUUCAUACAAUUAGUAAUGAUGCCUUUCAAACAGCCAGAAUUCGUGAACUUUACAUUAGACAUUGUCUAUUGGAUUCUAUUGAGCCGGCUGCUUUUUCUGGAUUAGAAGGGUCUUUGCAGGUGCUAGAUUUGAGUGGAAAUAAUAUAACAAGCUUGCCUGAUGCACUCUUUACUUCCUUUGAUCUAUUGAUGUACAUUAAUGUAAAGGAGAAUAAAAUCCUCAAUUUGAUUCCAGAAAAAUCAACUUUUACUGGAUUUCAGUUCAGUCUUAUGAAGCUUGAUAUAACUGGCAACAAGAAUGGACCGUCAAGCUUCCAGGAACUGAGAAAGUUCAGAAAUUUAAGAAGCUUGGCUGUCGGACGACUCAAUUCAAAUCAACUAGUUCCGGAAGAUUUCCAAGAAUUUGGCAUUGAAUUAGAGAAUUUAAGGAUAUUCCAUGCUGGAUUAAAAGCUAUUAAGAGUCACGCAUUCAUGCAUGUUCGGGGUAUUAAGAGAUUAGAUUUAAGUGAAAAUAAUAUCGAAAAUAUUGAGAAAGGCGCAUUUCAAGAAAUUGGACAUACAUUAAUUUCUUUAAGAAUCACACGUGGCUUCUCAAACAUGAUGAAUCAAUUGCCAGACAUUCGAGAGCUUACAUCAUUAGAAGAAUUGGAUUUGAGCAAUAAUAAAUUAAAAUCAAUUAGCGAUACAGCAUUUCAUGCAAUGAAGAAUUUGAGGCUAUUUAGAAUGAACGAUAAUCUUUUGGAACAACUGCCUAAAGGAAUCUUCCAACGCGAUAUCCAUCAAAAAUUGGAAGAAGUCUCUUUAGAAUUUAACUUAAUUCGUCACAUUUCGACUCAUACGUUUGUUGACUUGGAGAAUUUGCAUACAAUCAGAUUACGAGACAACAGAAUUGAGCGACUUGAGAGACGUGCUUUUAUGAAUUUGGAGAAAUUACAGCAUAUUAAUCUUAAAGGAAAUAAAUUGACGAGCAUUUCAGAUGAAGCAUUUCAAAACCUCCCACACCUAUCAUUCUUGGACGUGAGCUUCAAUCAAUUGAAAAACUUUGAUUUUGAUUAUUUCGAUCAAGUUGGGACUUUAGCGCAUUUAAUGGUCAAUGUCAGCUAUAAUGCCUUAUCAGACCUAACUGACAAUACGACGAGCUUCAUAAAUCAACGCGAGCAAGGCACAUCAAUGUAUCAUUCGUACAUAAAGGUACUCGACAUGUCACACAAUAAUAUUUCCAAUAUUGGUGGUGGAUUUUUCAAGCCAGCAGAGCUUUCAUUAGUUUCCCUGAAUUUAGCUUUUAAUUAUUUGCAAAACACAAGUUUUGAAAUUUUCGGAAAAUUCGCACGCCUUCAAAUCUUGGACUUGUCAGACAAUUUUAUCGAAUACAUCGCUCCUGACACAUUUAGAGGCACUAGAAAGCUUCAAGUCUUUAGCUUAGAAAACAACGCCUUAACUGAGCUUGGAUAUGAUAUUUUCAAAACUCUUGGUGAUUUAAGGAUUGUAAAUUUAUCCCACAAUUUACUCAGAAUGAUUCCUGAUCACGUCUUUGCUGGAGAUGAUAUGGAGAAGCUUGAUUUGUCGCAUAACUUGUUGACUAAAAUUCCUGUAUCGUCACUAACGAACUUAGCUGCCUUGACACUUUGUGAAUUGGAUCUAUCGCAUAAUAAUAUUGGGACAAUUCACAGUAUGGAUUUAUCAAAUAAAUUUAGACGACUGUCAAGUCUCGAUUUAUCAUACAAUCGACUAGCACGUCUUGAUGAUGCAGCCUUUGCCACACUACCUAAUUUAGCUGCUUUGGAUUUAUCACACAAUAGUGAACUGGAAGUUUUUGGACGAGUUUUUAUUGGAUUAGAAACAAACUUAAUGGAACUAAACUUGAAUAAUAUUUCCUUAAUUCAAGCACCGGAUUUAGCAUUGCCAAAUCUAAGGAUUUUGAGAUUAGCAUACAAUGAACUUCCAUCAAUUCCACCAGAACAUGCUGCAAAUUUGACGUCCCUACGAGUCUAUGAUUUAUCAUACAAUGACUUAUCGACAGUUCCUUUAAUAACACAUUCAUUGGCAAAUUUAAACACUCUCUCACUUGCUGGAAAUCCAAUUAGUUCAUUGACAAACACAAGUUUGUUAGGACCUGCUGAUACUCUUGAACAUUUGGAUAUCUCUCAACUUCCUUUGACGACUAUUGAGUUCGGAAUUUUGAACAAGCUACGAUCAUUAAGGUCUCUCAAAGUAUCAACAUAUCCAAAACUUACACAAUUCAACAUUCCAGUGAUUCUUGAAGACGUUGACGGGUUAAGAGAAUUAAUAAUUGAGGCUCCAGCACCAAAAAUGGUAAAAGUAACAUCGAAGGAAGGAUUUGAGACAUACCAGCUAGCUCAGGACUCUGCAAGUGACUUGAGGAAAGAACUGUUUGGAUAUUUACCAAAUAAAGUUCGUUCAAUCACAAUCAGCGGUGCUGGAUUUAAUAGUUUGGCUGAUGGAAUCUUUGAUGGCGUUCAAGCAACAACAUUACGUAUCAAACUGUUCAACACGACAUUAAGUGGCAUACCAUCAACGCUGUUUAGAAAAGUCGGAAGCGUUUAUAACAUAUCAAUUGAUAUUGAUUCCAAUAAUAAGAAGUUGAAUACACUGCCAAAUCCAAAUUCAGCAUUAUAUCCAAAUCAGCCAGACACAGUUUUAUUAACUGAUUUAAAUAUUCAUUAUACAACGCUCUCAUGUGACUGUGAAAUAGGAUGGAUUGAGUUUUGGCAACGAAAGAAGCGCCAGUAUUUCUGUAAUCAACAAAAUUGGGCUGAAGAUACAGCAUUAAAGAGUGAGGAAUUAUAUGAUGACGAUUGUAAUGAUCCACAGCAUGACGAUGACCUAAGAUCAGCCAGAUGCUCAAACAAAAACGGCGAACCAUUAUUAGAAAUUUUAAAAUCAGACUUGGAAUGUGGAUGGAAUAAUGCAAAGAGACAGGAAGUGAAUGUUUUCGUAUUGGUUGCAUUUGCGAUUGCGUUUACGACGUUUUUGCUUUGACUUAUUCAAUAUCUCUUCAAAGAGUACUCAGCAUUUUAUGAUCUGCUGGAAGAAAUUUAUGGUGGAAAGAUUUAAGCUAUUCUGAGCGAGACGCAUGACUAACAUCCAAAAAAUUAAAAUUUAACGGGUUUUAAAAAUUUGAAUAAAUGAAAACAGAGUUUUUGUCAUCUCGGAAGAAAUUUGUCAAAAAAUGUGAAAUUCUCAUGAUUUAAAGCUAUAGAUCGUCAGAAAUUAAAUAUUUUGUAGCACUAUAAAGUAAGUUUAAUAAAUGCACUCAAAUUAAUCUUUUAACUUUCAAUAAAAUACCUUAAUUUUAAUGAUUUUCACAUUUUGUUCCGAGAUGAUAGAAUUUUCAAGAAAUUGUUGGACUUAAUUCAAAUUUAAAAUAACCGUUAAGAAAAUCAGUCACUUCAGACUUAAAAGAAUCAAAUAUUUGAAUUAAAACAAUUAAAUUAGCA